UGUGCAGUUGGCUGGUAAGGACAGUUCGUUCUACGUGCAUGUUGUUGCGACGUUUCAUGGCUACUUAAAAUAAUGAAAUCAGCGCUUUUCGACGGAGGCUCAAUCUGCUGGAAGGGAGAUAUUUGAAGCAAACAUGUACUACACUCGCUGGAUACAUUCCAGCGUGAAGAGUUAUAUUGAAACCAUGGACGGAUUUCGCAAAGCUAGACUGAUGAACUGCCGUGCCAGGCCAGGCAGUGCCUAUGUGCCAACUGAUGUUGAACACAUUGCCAACAUGGUUACCCAUGGGAUAUGGAUCUUGCCUAGUUUUGCAGCUGGGGUAUGGAUGGUGAACCUGGCCCACACACCCCUCCAAUACCUUACUUCUGUUAUAUAUGGUAUGGCAUUAAUGGCCUUAUUUAUCACUUCAACCACAUUUCAUACCAUAUCCUACACUGGGAAAUGCAUGUCAUGGAAGAAUGUCUUCCAUAUAGGCGACCGAGCUGUCAUAUACAUCUUCAUUGCCGCUUCGUACACUCCAUGGCUGACCCUGAAGGACAUGCAGACCUGGGGCAUGCAGACACUUUGGCUGGUUUGGCUAGCAGCUGUUCUGGGGAUUGUCUAUCAGUACACCUUCCACGAGAAGUACAAAUGGUUGGAAACCAUACUCUAUGUGGUGUUAGGGGCCUGUCCCGCUGUAUCUGUAGUAGCCAUGAAGAAUGUAUCUGGAUUGACUGAGAUGGCAUUUGGCGGAAUGGUCUACAUCAUUGGUGUGUUCUUCUUCAAGUGUGAUGGCGUCCUUCCAUUUGCCCACGCCAUUUGGCACUGCUUCGUAUUUGUAGGGGCAGCCUUCCAUUACUAUGCUGUCUGUAAAUACCUGCUUGGUCCACACAAUGUGGAAGCUUCCUGACCUCUUCCCCCCCACCCACCCCUUCAACACACAAACAGGUACAUGUAUCAUACACAUUGGAUAUGUUAUUUAGAUUUACAAAUAGAUUAAAUAAAUAGUAAUUAUAUAUCUUUGGUAUUACCAUUUUUAAAAAAACUACAAUUGACUUUAGUGCAUUAUACAAAUAAUAGGGGUUUAUCUUUGAUAUUAUGAAUUUAUUAGCUAUUUGAUAUUAUGAGAAUUUUUGAGGGAAUUUACCCAAAACUGAUAUUUUUGAGAGUACCAGAACAAGAAAUGAUAAUUGUGGACAAAGGAGAUUUGUAGAAUUUGUAGACAGAAGCACUUAUUUUUUAGGAUCCCUUUCUAUUACUGGUAUAUAUAGCAUUACAAGAAAGUAGGCAUUGCCUAGUUGAGCAAGUGUGUUGAAAUUUUAGAUCUUAUGAUAAGAAUGCAUAAACAAUAUCAAGAAAAUGUGUUUCUGAUAAUUGUAGUGUUCAUGUUUCACAAAUAUCGACUUAAUACUGUACUUAGAUAUUGUCAUGUAUAGAGAUCUCAGCUUAUCCAAUUUUGAAGUCAUGUAAAUAUGACACAUUUGGUGACCUAGAUUAAACAUGACCAAUGUAAAGAGAUACUAGAGUUUUCUGAGAAGGUGGUGUGGGCAUGAUGCAUAAUUAUUGGAUUUUUCUUUUCAAAUAACUUUGAUAUAAAAAAAAUCAGUAUUUUGCAUAUGUGUAAUAUUGUGUGGUACUUUAAUUCACUUUUCCAGGCGAUUUACUUUGGUGUCAAGUAGUAAGCACUCCCACAAGAUACUUAUGAUAGAGUGCGCAUGAUAAUGAAUGAAAAUCAUCUGAGAUCAUUUGGCACUGCAUGUUCUCAUACGAGACUAGUUAUUAUGUGAAAAAUCCACGUGAGGUAGGGUUAAUUUUUUUUGCAAUAAGGGUGAAAUAUAAUGUGCCAAGAAUGUCUUCUUUGAAAGCAAUACUGAAAUGAUGUUAUAUAUAAAACAUUGUGAAUACUUACUGUUUUGCAAAAGAGUGUUAUGCCACAGAACUUCAGAGAAAACGACCAGAAAAUUUUUGUGGAUAAAUUUUGCCAACUUUUAUUAGUUGCUGCACUGCACACAAUAUUCUGUCAUCAUAUUUAACCCCCACUCUCCUCCAAAUUUUGCAAAAUCUCUCUUGGUUUUAGAAUAAUGUGUGGACUUUGGGAUAUCUCAGAUGAUUUGCAUUCUACCGAUGGGAAGGCCAAACAAAAGCAAAUUCCUUCUGUUACAAUUUCAGUGGGUGGGACAACAGAAGGAUUAGAUUGGCUUUCUAUGACUAGAGCUUGUAAUCACAAAUUCUGCUUAUGCACUAUUUGCUAUGUUAACUGGAAGUGAACCUUUACUGUUACAGCAUUAAGUUAAAUCAUGUUCCUUGUUAGCAUAUCCAGUUGAAGGAAAUUUUUUGCUCCAUAUGCUUUUCUCACCAUUUGAGGGAAGAACAAAGUCUAAGUCAUGCAUACCAUUAUGCUUGUGUUUUCCAGUCCUUUUGGACAGCAACAAAAUAAGGUUGCCAAAAGUUUGUAUCUUAAAAUGCUUUAAUGUAGAAAUAUUGCUUGUCAUGUUUUUGUACAAUUUCCCUUGAAAAAUGAAGAUCUUUAUGGAGUUGAUAAUGUUGCCCAUUACCAUUAAUUGCUUAAUAUUCUCUCAAUUCAAAGGGCACUUCUGUGCCCAUUAAUGCUAUUUUUUGUGGUACUGGCUAUAAGCUAUUUUACACUACUUCAUAAAAUAACAAAAAUCCUGUUAUCACCCACUAACUAUAUGCUUAGUGUUGCAGCUUUUGUGGCACAAACUUAAGUCAGUUUACACAAUUCAUAGGAAAAAAGACAAUUAUUAAUACCUAUAUUGUAUUGUUUUAUUUUAUGAUUAUUAUAAACUAAUAACAGUAUUUUAUUUAAGCAGUUAUUCUUUUGUCUGUGACCAUGCUGGCCAAUGGGCACUAGAUUUGUUACAGGAAUAUACAUCUUGUUGCUUUGUUAUGUUUUUUGUAAUGCUGUGAUUACUUUAAUUUACUUUUAGUUCUGGUGUCUUAGAGAAAUUUUUUUUUAU